AUGUCUGCCUACUACAGGAAUAAUGGGUAUGAGGAAGGUCCAGAUUACCCUGAGCACUCAUGGGCUCACAACCAAACACAGGGGUAUUUGAAAAAUCAAGAUUAUCCAGAUUCUUCAGGUUAUCCCAGAAAUAACCCAGACUAUUCCAGCUCCAGGAGAAAUCCAACAUCUGAAGACUCUAGAACAAAUCAAGAUUAUUCCAGAUCUCUGGCACAACCAGAUUAUCCUGGCUCUCAGAGUAAUUCAGACUAUCGCAGCACCAGGAGAAAUUCACGUGCUUCGGGGUCCAGGAGAAAUCCGGACUAUCCAGAAUCACUAGCAAAGCCAGAUUAUAAUGACUCUUGGAGCAAUCCAUACCCGCCAGGCUCAUCCGGAGAGCCGGAUUAUCCUGGAUCUCAACAACAGGCUGGUUUUACAGGUUCCAGAGGCAGUGGAAACCAUGGAGGUUCCAGAACAAAUCCAGGUUAUUUUGGAUCCCUGGAAGAACCAGACUAUCCUGGAUUUCAGAACACCUCUAACUAUCUUGACUUCCGAGCCAAUUCCAACUAUCCAGGUUCCAGAAGGAAUCCAGAACGUGCCAGUACCAGGGCCAGUCCAUACGCACACCCGCUAGAAGAGCCUGAUUAUCCAGGAGCUGUGAGGAAAGCUAAUCCUGCAGACAUCUGGGGGGAACCAGAUUAUCCUGUUGCUGAGGAUUAUAGGAACUCUCCCAACUUUUGGGGGGAGCCUGAUUACCCAGACGCUGAGGACAGACAUGAUUAUGGAUCUCCUAAUGUCCCAGAAAUGACCAGGGGGGAGCUCGGCAGAACAUCUCAGGUCCAGCCUCUGGUCCGUCACCGGAGUGAGAGCCCUUUGAGCAUCACUGGGAGAGACAAUGGAGGUUACUCAGAAAGCUUUGAAUUGAGAUCCAUGGAGAUGGCUAACUCAUAUGGCCACCGUGAGCCAGGUGCUUCUGGAAAUGACUAUGUCGACCCCACUUACGCAAGUGAACGUAGCCAGGGGAAUGUUUAUGGAAGGCCGCUGUUGUCUGAACAGGACUGGCACGCAUCACCCCAAGGACAAAAGCUCAUUGCAUCUCUGAUACCCUUGACUCCAAGAGACAGGAAUAAAGUCAUCAGGAACCAACCGAGAACCAUGGAAGAGAAAAGGAACCUCAGGUAUGGCAAGCGACUCGACAACUCGUAACAACUCUGGAGGUAUUUAUGGAAUGACUUUAACAUUUCUCAUUUUGCAUCCGAAACCCAGGUUUACCAAAAAUCCCAGAACAGCAUGUCGGAAGUUUUGUCCACCAUCAGCCUGUGGCAGAGGACGCUCAAGAUCAUCGGAGGCAAAUUUGGAACCAGUGUUCUCUCCUACUUCAACUUUCUGAAAUGGCUUUUGAAGUUCAACAUUUUUUCAUUCAUUGUGAACUUCAGCUUCAUCACAAUCCCUCAGUUCACUGUGGCCGAGCCAAACACCCUCCACUUCACUGGACUGGAAUUUUUGACUGGAGCAGGCUAUUUCCAGGACACAGUGAUGUACUAUGGCUUUUACACCAAUACUACCAUCCAGCACGGGAGCAGUGGGGUGACCUACAACAUGCAGCUGGCCUACAUCUUCACAGUUGGAGCGUGCCUGGUCGUCUGCUUCUUCAGCUUGCUGUUCAGCAUGGCCAAGUACUUCCGGAACAACUUCAUUAACCCCCACCUUUACACCAAAGGGAUCGCUAAGCUUGUCUUUUGCUGGGACUUCACCAUGACUCACGAGAAAACGGUGCAGCAGAAACAGAAGAACUUCAGCACUGAGAUAAGAGAGAAUCUUUCCGAAAUCCUGCAGAAGAACACCAAGUCUACACUGAAUCAGCGGCUGACCCGGUUAUCAACUCAUGCAGCGGCUUGGUUUGUCUCUACCGGCGUGGCUGUUGCUUGCUGUGUAGCUGUGUACUACCUGGCUGAGUUCAACUCAGAGUUCCUGAGAAGUCACAGGGACCCUGGAGCAGUGCUGUUACUACCAUUCGUUGUGUCCUGCAUCAAUCUCUUUGUACCUCGCAUCUAUUCCAUGUUCAGGCUGGUGGAAAAGUACGAGAUCCCACGGCACCAAGUCUACAGCCUCCUGAUCCGAAACAUCUUUCUGAAAAUAUCCAUCAUUGGAAUUUUGUGCUAUUAUUGGAUCAAUGUCGUGGCCCUGUCUGGGGAGAAGUGUUGGGAAACUCUCAUUGGCCAGGAAAUCUACCGGCUCCUCCUGAUGGAUUUCAUCUUCUCUUUAGUGGAUUCCUUCAUUGGGGAGUUUCUGAGGCGAAUUAUUGGGAAGAGGUUUAUCAUCAGCUUUGGCCCGCAGGAGUUUGACAUCGCCAGAAACGUCCUGGAGCUCAUCUACGUACAGACCCUCGUGUGGAUUGGCAUUUUCUUCAGCCCUCUGCUGCCCUUCAUCCAAAUGAUCACUCUUUUCAUCACUUUUUACGUCAAAAAUAUCAGCCUGAUGAUGAACUUCCAGCCACCCCGCAAGGCCUGGCGGGCCUCGCAGAUGAUGACCUUCUUCAUCUUCCUGCUCUUCUUUCCCUCCUUCACUGGGGUCCUGUGCACGCUGGCCAUCACCAUCUGGAGACUGAAGCCUUCGGCUGACUGUGGCCCCUUUCGAGGUCUGCCUUUGUUCAUUCACGUCAUCUACAACUGGAUUGAUAGCUUGAACAGCAGGCCCGGUUACUUGUGGGUUGUGUGGAUCUACCAGAACCUCAUUGGAAGUGUCCACUUCUUCUUCAUCCUCACCCUCAUUGUGUUAAUCAUCACUUAUCUUUACUGGCAGAUCACCGAGGGAAGGAAGAUCAUGAUCAGACUACUCCAUGAACAGAUUGUUAACGAAGGUAAAGAUAAAAUGUUUCUGAUUGAAAAGCUGAUCAGGCUCCAGGAAGCAGAGAAGGAGAAGAGAGCAAGGCCCAGCUUACUAACCUUGGAACAGAGAGACAUGGAGACCUGCGAUACAGGAGAACCACUCAAGAAGAGAACCCAGAGGCCUGAUGACUGA